AGGGAGAGGUAGACCCAGGAGAGGGAGAGGGACAGACUGUGAAUACAGCCAAGGCACUCCUUGCUUUCAUUCUUGGCUCCCAUGGACACGGCCCAGAAGAAGCAAUGUGGGCCCUUCUAGGAGAGGGCUCAGCCCAGGCAGGCUCCUGUACCUCACAGUGAUUUAGAACUCUCAAUCUCCUCCAAGAACUGGUGCCCGUGGCCCACGGAGCGAGUGUUCCUGACCAGGGAGGUGGGCAGGGAAAAAGGGAGCCUGCAAGUACAGUCAAUCAGCAUUCUGCCCUGCAGCCCUCCCCAAAGUCCCCUCCCCUCCUCCACCCCACACUAGGCUCAUAAGUUUACUGAACAGAAAAACAAGCUCAUUAAUCCAGACUCAGCCUAACAUCACAAAAGGAACUAGCAACAUUUCGAAUGGUGAGAAUCCUGAAUGUGUAGGAUCACUGUGUUGUCUGGGAGCAUCUAGUUUCAUUGUCUCUCAAUAGUGAAGAGGAUGCAGAUGAACAUGGCCAGGGGAUCCCUACACAAGCACUUCGACUUUGAGAGGAAGCAUGCCAGGCAGGCUGCGGUCAGACUGGGCCAUACACUGCAGGAACUAGAGGAAAUCUGCCUCUACCACGUGAAGCUGCUGAGCAGAGAGCAGAGACAGCUCCAGAAAGACCUGCAGAGGCUGCAGCAAGCAGAUAUCAUCAAGAGAAGGUUCCCCUCUUACUUGGAGAAUGAAACUCAGAACAAACCGGAUGCUUUCAGCUUCUCACCACAAGCCAGACAGAAGCACAGAGUCCCAGAAUCUAACAUGAGAGCACUGGCAACCAGUACAACUCAAGAAAGAUAUAAAACCAAGUCCCUGAUGCCUCCUGUGCAUUGCACUGGCCUCAAAGACCCAAAGAAGAGGGAAGAAUACCUGCGAUCUCAAAGCUACAGGACUUACUGCUUCAGGGGGAAAAAAGUACAGACUCAAGAAAAAGAUUCUGUAAAAACCCCUAAGGGCAUACACCCCAACAAUGGCACCUCUGCCCUGCAUCAAGACCAAGAAGUUUCCACCAGCAGCAUAGAACCGGGCCCUGGCUCCAGUCCACCCAGGGAGAGUGGAAUGGUUCCUGAAGGUGCAGCUAGAUCCAAAGAUCCCAACCUAAAGCCAGAUGGGAAUGCUGGGAAGCAACUUCUCCCAAAUCCCAUGGAACGGGCCAUGAGCUUCCAGGGCGAGUCCACAAAGUCCACCUUCUUAGAGUUGUUUGGCAAGGCCAAAAAUGCUCACUACCUCCGGCACAGGGUUCCCCCUGAGUCUGAGAGGUUGCUGAGCAUCGGGGAAAUAUUCGGACAUGCAGAAUCCUCACUGUCUGGGGCACAAAAGGAUUGCAAAACCAGGGUACCGCCUAAGUUGUUCUGUAGCAGUUUAAUAUAGACUGAUGAUAACAUACCUCAUAAUUGCUAAGGAAAUGCAUUAAAAACUGAUCCUUUCUAGUUCCAUUUUAACCUGUUGGUACCAAAUCUUUGGAUCUUAAUAAAAGUGUAGUAAUCAAUACAUAGAUAAUAAACAGAAAUACAAAUGUAUAACUUCUUAA